AUUCUUCUUCUGUAAAUUGUGAUAAGAUGAAUAAAUAUAGUGCUCAAUCGACCCCCACUGUACAACACUUCCAUCGUGAGAGAGACGUCGCGUUUUAGUCGUCGAAGCUCCACCACAACUUCGGAGUACUUCUCGAAAGCAAACUCACGACAGUGCUGAACGCAAUACUGUGCCGGAUGGUUGUCUUACCUCGUGCCUCCGCAGAGGAGUUUUCUGUGAGUGAAUCCAAAGUGUAUUUCAGUGGAAUCAUUUGUUUAUCUUGAAGAUAGUUUUAAACAGUGUCAUUGAAGCCACUUGAAGCCCACAAACUUAAAGGGAGCUUACAAUAGCUCUUUUGAGAAUUUAUUUAUCUUUUGCUUAUGGUUCUGUGGAAAUUCACAACUCUUUCCAGCAACUUCUAAAAAACAAAUAUAAAAUCCAGUUGCUGCGCAUUCUUUAGGAGUUUCAUAUUCCACAAAUAUUUACCUUUGAGAAUUGCGCUCAAGAACUUUUUUUCAUCUGGAUUUUAUUGUGAUUUAUAACAAGGAGACUGACUGACUUGGGAAUUCGAAAGGCCUUAUCGAACAAAAAUCUAUACAAAGAGCAAUUUGUGAGGGAGAAGGCGCAAAAAAGGAAAAGUGCGAAAAGGAAACUUUCAAAGCACGAGCAGUAUUCAUCAACAACAUCUUCCACCGAACAUAUCAACUGUGAAGGGCAAAGGAUUUUCUAUGAGAAAAUGAUGCCCCCACUUCAUUCGCCAUCGGGAGUCAUAACUGACUCGCAGGGUCUCAUUGUGCCAAAGAAACUCACAAAUCCAUGCUUGGAGUCGUCGGAUCGACAGAAUUUACACAGAGAAUUGCUCUUUAAUCAGAAAAUAGGGCGAAGUGUUCUGAAUCAAAAGUCAGAGCUUCAGCGAGUGCUGGAUAAGCAAAAGGAGCGCCAAUUUAUGGCCCUUCAGCAGGAACAGCAACAGCACAGCAAGCAGGAAUCAGGAUUGAGUGGAGAACUAGGCAGAGUUAUAAUGCAACGCGCCCAGAGACUUGAGACGCUGCAGAAUACAACGUCUCAAUCAGAUGAGGAAGAUUUGAAGCGAAUUAAUCCAGAAUAUGUAAAUGCGAGGGCAAAAUUGAAAGCCACGAGCUUUGAUGGCAAAUAGGAUGUUUUCGAUAAUAUUGACUUGGAUCGAUGAUUCUUUUUCCUCAUCGAUUGUAUUGCAAUUUAUCUUUAAAGUUCUUCAUUUUUUUUUCUUUUUGUAACCAUCUUUAUCUUUAAAAACUUUUUGACGGAAUCUCUAAAAGUGCGGCGUAGCUCUGUGUUUAAUUUUUUUUUAUUUUAGCAUAUAAGUUAUUUUAAAUAAAAAUAAAAUUGUAUUGUGGAUACGAAAUGCUUUAAAAUAUUAACUGAUAAAAAAGUGAACCAAGUAUAUAAAUAUUUUUUCUUUGUAAGUUAUUUCUCGGCGUUAUGUGAGCGCUUAAAAAUUUACAAAUUGAUUUAGUUUAAAUUUACUUAAUAUCCUGAACAUAUAAAUCCGAUUAGUGCAUCAUAAUCUUGUCUCAAAAUACUGUUAACUAACCGAAAUAUAUAACACAACAUAUUUCUUGCAGAAAAAAAAACAAAAAUAAUAUUGAAGCAUUAAUAGAGUUCUUUGCAGUGUUUUUUCCUAUAAUAGAAUAGUACAAAAUCCUCAGAAGUUGUGUGCUGGAAGAAAAUUGAUGAAAAAAAAAGAAAACCUUUAGUCUUGGGUAAAAUAUAGAAAUCAAUAUUGGGAAAGAGAUAUUUUUGUAUCACCUAAUAAAUAUUGAAGAACUGUUAGUAGGUAGUUAAAUGUAAAAGAUCUCCUCGCGUCAAAUUGUGAGGGGAUAAUUAUUUUUUCACAGCAACUACAAUAUUUACUCUUUAAACCCCAAUUGCAUGUAACAUUGGACUAUGACUUGAUGAGGAGCUUGAAAAAAAAACGAAGGACAUGUGAAAUUAGUCUAUAUAUUGAGAAAUAAAAAAAACACCAUGAGUAUUUUGUGUAAUAACAGGAUAUGUAAUUAUAUUAAAAAUUAGAAUAUUGAACAAAAAA